GGGUGACCUGAGUCGUGUAGCAAAACGUCAUUGUGAACGUUCAGCCCUAGUGGGCAUUGCCGAGACGGGCGGUCCAGGAACCGCCCGUCAGAUUCUGCUGGUGGGUUCGCCAGAAUCGAACUGCAGCCAUCCUAGCGUUUGUUGAAAUGGACAGCCAAAAUUGAUGUGCCGAACCACGUCACGGCGAUGGAGUCUCCUGGCUCCUCAUAUCCAAAAUUCCAGACUCGGACGGGCGGAUUGGCGACCUGCAUUGUGAUGAGCUAUGGUUUCUGAGGAGUCGUGCCAAUCCAAAGCUCGGAUAUUGCGGUGCUUGUGGAAGAGAAAGAGCUAGUGAGAGAAAAGGCCGGACUGAAUACCAGCCAAAAAUGCCCAAUGAAUCGAUGAGGAGCUGUAAAUACAUCUGUCUGUUCAACGAAGCUCGGUGUUAUUCAAUGAAAAUGUUGCGUCGAUGGACAACGCGAUUCAAUCGAGCAAGCUUCACGAUAAGCAGAAUUGAGUUUCAGGCUUCCAAAUUGAGUCCGUGUUCUUGGGGUACUAACCGCAAUGAGCAAGGCUCAAUGGCCAUAUCUGAAGAAGUGAGCUUGCCGAAGAAAGCAGGUGCGAUUGAUCAGUUUUGGGCCUGUGAUCAUGCGAUUGAUGACAAUCAUUCCAAUUUCUCGACUCUGGAAAAGGUAGAAGAAACUCGCGUUAUGAGAUCGUCUUCCACUGGCCGACCCAAGACUCUCGAGAUCUUGUCAUAUCGAAACUUCGUCGAUUUCAAUCUUCAACUGUCGCUCACCAAUCACAUCACACUGAUAACCCAGGGUACACAAACAUUCACAACCAUAGGCUCUUUGGAAGUACCGAUACUGUUGGUAACCUCGCGAUAAUGGACCCCACAGGAUGGCCCAGUUAUGCAGAUAGUCCAAUGGGCCAGCUCGCCCUUGAGACGAUAGAUGCGCCAGCCGUCGGCCGCUGGACUGGCGGACUGGAU